AUGUUAUUAUUUAUUAUGUGGUUGCUGAUCCCAACCAUAUUUUCGGCGUACUUUUCUGGUCGUCUUAUGUAUAUAAUUUUCCAACGUCUAACUAAUACACGAUCACUUAAAGAAUCAAAACAACCUGUUCGGACAUUAAUCGUCAUUGGUUCAGGCGGACAUACAGCUGAAAUGUUGCGUUUAAUGAAUAAUAUGAACAAGUUGAAAUUUACGCCACGUUUGUAUCUAUUAGCCGACUCCGAUACAACAAGCCGUAAUCGUGUAGAAAACGAUGAAAUUGGUUUAGAUUGGUCCAUUUCAACUAUACCGCGAUCAAGACAUGUAAAUCAAUCGUAUAUAACAUCUAUUUUUUCAACUAUUUAUGCAAUUUUUAUAACUGUGCCUGUGGUUAUAUCAUUCAGACCGGAUAUGGUUUUAUGCAAUGGACCAGGUACUUGUGUUCCAGUAUGUCUGGUUGCUUUUUUGAUGAAAUUAUUCCAUUAUGCAGAUACAUCAAUUAUAUUUGUAGAAAGUAUCUGCCGAGUUAAGUCUUUAUCUCUAACUGGAAAAUUAAUGUAUUUUAUUGCCGAUUUAAUAAUUGUUCAAUGGCCUGAAUUGAGACAAAAAUAUGGACAGAGAGUACACUAUCUUGAUGAAGGUUUAAAUUCAUCAUGA